AUGCCGUUGCAAAACCCCGCCCUCGAAGGCUACUACGUCGUCCGCAACUUCUGGAACUUAUACUUCAACCCCCGGGAACGCAAGUUCACCAACUGCGGCCCCCGCGGCGACUGCCACUACAGCCACGAGCUCUUUGUCCUCUGGGCGGUGGCAGUGGCGGUGCAAGCCGUCGUCGAUGGCGCUCGGCUUUACCCUGAACUCAAGCAACAGAUCCCCGAUGCCAUUGCCAUCUUCCAACGGUACAAGAACGAUAAGGUGAAGGGCUAUUGUGCCUGCGAGAACAAUGGCGGCGACGACCGCGACAUCUACUACGAUGACGACGCCCAGGUGUGUCUGGCGAUGCUUUCGGCGUUUGAAGUUACCGGCGAUAAGCGCUACUUGGACCAAGGCAGAGAGCUUACUCUCUUCUUGAUGGGGGGCUGGAACGACGACCCCAAAGCCAAGACUAAAGGUGGGAUGAAAUGGCACAUCACUAAGCCCUACCUCAACGCCUGUACCACGGCGGAGGUGGCUAAGUGUUGUCUUCAAAUCGCACGCCACAUCCCCAACGAGGCAAAGUCGUAUAUCGAUUUCGCCGCUCGUGCCAUUGACUGGCAAUUGAAGGUGUUACAAGACCCGGGUGACAAGCUUAUUCGUGAUGGUGUGCAGGCCGAUUCCGACAAGGUUGACGACAUGAAGUGGCUGUACAACACCGGCACCACCCUCUCGUGCUGCUCGAUGCUCUUUGCCGCUACUGGCGACAAGCACUGGCAAGACCGGGCCAAUGAGCUUGCCACUGCUGCCACCGAUCCCAACGUGUUCUUCUACGACCGUGACUACCCGAUGGAGUUGAGAUACUGGCGUGACCCUUCCAAAUUCAACCAGUUAUUGAUUGAAGGGCUCGCUGACUACCUCCUCUUGGCCAAGCCGUCUCAGGAGAUGAAUGAACGCGUCACUAACGAAGUGGCUCGCCACUUGAAGAUGUUUUACACCUACUCGAGAGACGAGCGCGACGGGUUGUACAUUGAAUCAUUUGAACCGAACACCACUUUCCCCUGGGUGUACGACAAUGUGUACAAGAAGCAAUAUGCUGGCCACGAAAAGGGUCCGGGGAUGAAGGGUGAAGACCACGAUGACCAUGGCCAUGUGACUAAGUCGAUCAUGGGUGCAGGACUGGCAGCGAGAGUGUUCUUCCAAGGUGCCCGGGUGUGCCCCCAACUUAAUUAG